AUGGAGGUCGCCCGUACCUCCUUGAUCCAUGCGGCUGCCCCCCACUUUCUGUGGCCGUUUGCGGUCCGGUACGCUGCGCAUCAGCUCAACCUCUGGCCCCGUGUCUCCUUGCCGGAGACCUCGCCCACACUGCUGUGGACGGGGGAGGUUGGCGAUGCGUCGCGUUUCCGGGUCUGGGGAUCUCGAGCUUUUGUCCGCGAUACGUCCGCGGACAAGCUCUCCACCCGCGCUGUUCCCUGUGUCUUCCUUGGCUUUGUCCCUGACGCGUCUGGUUGGCAGUUUUACCACGCCACCUCGCGCCGGGUCCUUGCCUCUCAGGACGUCACUUUUGACGAGUCCGUCCCCUACUACCGCCUCUUCCCCUACCGCACUGCCCCGCUCCCCCCCCCGCCUCUCUUCCUCGCGCCAGGUGCUGCUGUGGUAGACCCCCUCCCCCCUCAGGGUGCUGCUCCCUCAGGUGUGUCCCAGGUAGACCCGGUUGAGCCUGUUGAGGUAGCUGUUGACUCUCGUCCUGCUGGGGGUGCGGAGUCUGGGGGUGCUGAGCCUGGGGGUGCGGAGUCUGGGGGUGCUGAGCUUGGGGGUGCGGAGCCUGGGGGUGCGGAGUCUGGGGGUGCUGAGCCUGGGGGUGCUGAGCCUGGGGGUACUGAGCCUGGGGGUGCUGAGCCUGGGGGUGCUGAGCCGCGGAGUUCUGAGUCUGGGGGUGCUGAGCCUGGGAGUCCUACACCUGGAGGAGCUCUCUCCUCGGAGCAGCUGCGUGAGUGGUACUCAGAGUACUGCAGCCUCCGGAGAGGUGCCUCUGGAGCCAGGAGUACUACUGGGACUGGUGCUGGUGCCUCCCCUCCUCAGCGGGAGCUGCCCUCUCUUGAGCGGAUCCGUGAGUGGUACGAGCGGCGCUGCACUCUCCGGAGUGGCGCGCCUGGUGUCGCGGACCCUGGUGCUGGAGGUGCUGCUGCUGGUGCUGGAGGCUCUCCUGGUGCUGCUGGUGUCGCGGACCCGGGAGUUGGCGCUGCUGCUAGUCCUGCGGACCCUGGUGCUGGAGCUCCUGCUAGUGAUGCGGACCCUGGAGUUGGAGCCGCUGCUGGUGCUGCGGACCCUGGAGUUGGAGCUGCUGCUGGUGCUGCGGACCCUGACGUUGGAGCUGCUGCUGGUGCUGCGGACCCUGGAGUUGGAGCUGCUGCUGGUGCUGCGGACCCUGCCGUUGGAGCUGCUGCUGGUGCUGCCGACCCUGGAGUUGGAGCUGCUGCUGGUGCUGCGGACCCUGACGUUGGAGCUGCUGCUGGUGCUGCGGACCCUGGAGUUGGGGCUACUUCUGGUGCUGAGGACCCUGGAGCUGGCGCUGCUGGAGCUGCUGCGGGUGCUGGUGGUGUCUCUACUGGUUCUGGAGUCGCUGCGCGGCCCCGGCCGUACUUCGUUCCGCUCCUUCAGCAGGUUCUUGGUCAGCCUCCUCCUCCUUGUCCUGCUCCCUCCUUAGAGUGUCCACCGCCUGUCCAGUCACAGUCACGGUUACCGCCUGCCUCGCUGCUCUCUGGUCCUUCUCCUUACACUGGUCCCACAGGAGGUCUUACGGAGCGUCGUGAGCCUGAGUCUCGUCCUGUGUCGCCUACGUCUCACUCUGCGUCGCCUGUUCGUGCUGCUCGCACUGGUCGUCGUGUCCCGCGUGAGCGUCCUCCUCCUGUCCCUGGCACUCACUACAUGACUCUGCGUCCCUCCACUGCUCCUCAGCGUGUCCCUCUGCCGUCUCCUCUUGCGUCCUCUCUUCCUACUCUUGCUGACCCGGAGUCUGACUCCCUUCGUGCUGCCCGUCCUACUGUCACGCGUCUCCUCGCUACUGUUGUCACUGACCCUACCUUUGAGUCCUCUGCUGCGUCUUCUCUGGUCGCUGAGUUAGUUGACUUUGCUGCCGCUUGUCGUCUAGACUACGCCGCUAGCCUUGUUGCUGAGUCUGAGUCUGUCUGUCCUCCGUCUGUCGGGGGUGAGUGUGCUCUUGGCACGGACGUCCUUGAGGACAGGCAGGAGGAGUUCCAGUGCUUUGCUGCUGCUUUGCCUCAUCUCGUGUCCAUGCUAGUUGCCCCUGAGGGAGACCCGGAUGCACCAGACAUCCCGACCCCGCGCUCUUACGCAGAGGCGAUAGCGGGUCCCUACUCCUCUCAGUGGCAGACAGCCAUGGACGCAGAGAUGGCUUCCUGGAAGUCCACAGGCACCUACGUCGACGCAGUUCCCCCACCAGGGGCGAACAUCGUCAGUGGCAUGUGGAUUUUCAGGGUGAAGCGGCCGCCGGGUUCUCCGCCUGUCUUCAAGGCGCGUUACGUUGCUCGAGGCUUCAGUCAGCGUGAGGGAGUCGACUUCUUCCAGACCUUCUCCCCCACCCCGAAGAUGACCACUCUUCGGGUGCUGCUACACAUAGCCGCUCAGCGCGACUACGAGCUUCACUCUCUUGACUUCAGCACUGCUUUCUUGCAGGGUAGCCUGCACGAGGAGAUCUGGCUGCGCCGCCCUCCUGGCUUCACUGGGUCGUUUCCUCCUGGUACCCAGUGGAGCCUCCGGCGGCCGGUCUACGGUCUCCGCCAGGCACCACGUGAGUGGCACGACACAUUGAGGACGACACUUGCGGCACUUGGGUUCGCGCCUUCUACUGCUGACCUGUCGCUGUUUCUGCGCACAGACACUUCGCUGCCGCCGUUCUACAUCCUCGUGUACGUCGACGACUUGGUCUUUGCCACUGCUGACACUGAGGCUCUCGCCCACGUGAAGUCGGAGCUGCAGAAGAGACACACGUGCACAGACCUGGGUGAACUGACAAGCUAUCUUGGCUUGCGGAUCACCCGGGACAGAGCACGGCGCACCAUUACCUUGACUCAGUCAUACAUGGUGCAGCAGGUCCUUCAGCGCUUCGGCUUCACGUACUCCUCGCCUCAGUCCACUCCUCUGCCUACCGGUCACUCGCUCUCAGCUCUGCCUUCGGAUGAGUCCGUAGAGCCGAGUGGCCCGUAUCCAGAGCUUGUGGGCUGCCUCAUAUACCUGAUGACCUGCACUCGACCUGACCUUGCAUACCCUCUUAGCAUCCUUGCACGCUAUGUCGCUCCUGGCCGUCACCGGAAGGAGCACAUGGAUGCCGCUAAGAGGGUGUUGCGCUACUUGUGCAGUACGUCGGGCAUGGGGCUAGUGCUUGGAGGGCGAGACCGAGUUGUUCUCACUGGGCACUCAGACGCUUCUUGGGCAGACGACCAGGCCACUCAGCGGUCGUCUCAGGGUUACACCUUCAGCCUUGGCUCCGGUUCAGUUUCUUGGCGUUCUACACGUUCUUCUUCUGUUCUCAGCUCCAGUUGUGAGGCUGAGAUCUACGCCACAGCCAUGGCAGCCCAGGAGCUACGCUGGCUCACCUACCUGCUGACCGACUUGGGAGAGCGGCCUCGUUCUCCUCCAGUGCUGUACGUCGACAACAAGGCUGCCAUUGCCUUGUGUGAGGAGCACAGACUGGAGCAAAGAACGAAGCACAUCGCUCUGCGGUACUUUCUGGCUCGAGAGCUGCAGCAGCGUGGUCAGCUUUGUCUGCGUUACGUGGCCACUCAGGCCAACACUGCUGACGUGUUCACCAAGGCGCUUCAGCCUUGUGACCAUCAGCGCUUCUGUACUCUUCUAGGCCUUGUGCCUACUGGACCUCACUUGCUUACUUCUUGA